CCGCGCCAUGACGGGAAAAUCGGUGCGGGACGUGGAGCGCUACCAGGCGGUGCUGGCCGGGCUGCUGGCCGAGGAUGAGAACAAGUUCUGCGCCGACUGCCAGGCCAAAGGUAGCGCGGAUGGGCGGCGGGGCCUGCUGAGCCCGUCGGGGUCCGAGGGCAGCGCUCCGGUGAUGGCGGGGUGGGCAACGGUGCUGUCCCGGCGGUUACGGGGCUUGCGCGGGGGCGGCGGCGGCAGCGCGGGAUCCGAUUUGUGUUGUUUCUUUUCUCCCCAGCCUCAAAAGAAAGAUGAGGCACAGCAAUCCAGGAAAAAUUCCCCCAAAUCUGAGCCAGUCAUGGACCUGCUGGGGCUGGACGCCCCCGUGCCCAACGGCCGCCCCUGCAGCCUGGAGAAGGACCUGGAGCUCUUUGCACCCAUGGGACCCAACCCAGACUCCAGCAAGGUCGUUGGCUCCAUGCCAGCCUCUGGAAGUGCUGGCUCUGUUCCCGAAAACCUGAACCUCUUCCCGGAGCCUGGAGGCAAAGGGGAGGAGGUGGGCAAGAAGCAGCUCUCCAAAGAUUCCAUCCUGUCCCUCUACGGCUCCCAAACUUCCCAGGUGCCAGCACAAGGUAACCCUGGCAGAUGGGAGAAGUUUGCAGGAAAAUUGGGAAUGUGGGUGACCCAGCAGAUGGCCGGGAUGAAUUUCUAUGGAGCCAAUGGAAUGCUGGGCUAUGGACAGUCCAUGGGAGGAGGAGGAGGAGGAGGAGGAGGAGGAGGAGGAGGAGGAGGAGCCCAGGGCAGCAAUCCCUCCUCCCUCAGCUCCCCGCUGUGGAAAUGAGCCCUCGCUGCUCGUGACCAUUUCUGCCUUUGUUCUGUUCUCCAGACCUUGCUCCAUCACACAUUCAGGGGUUUUAUUUUUGUUUUUUU